AUGCCGGCCACGCCUCACGUGGCUGCAGGAGAGGCAGGGCACCCGAUUUGUCCCACGGACCAACCCAAAUCCAACGGUCCGAUAAUCCAGCAAAACCCAGCCGUUAUCGGGAACGCUGGCGUCCAUCCCAGAGCGCACUUGUGCGGGAACGCACUGAGCUCUGGAUCACUCACCUGGACUACACAUGGCCCCACUAGUCCAAGGUCACCGGGCAUGGCUCCGCAGUGGGCGAAGAGCGCUGGACCAAAGCUGAUUCCCUUCGUGAUAAGCUCGUGCAUCUACUUUGUGCUGUGGCUGCCCACCUCCAGCCCCUCCUGGUUCAGUGCACUGAUCAAGUGUCUACCAGUCCUGUGUCUGGCCUUUUUCAUAUUGGCGCACGGCUGGAGCGUGGGCACCAUCCACCCGUACUCCAAGAAAAUCUUCGUCGGCUUCCUCUUCUCAGCCCUCGGAGAUGUUUUCCUCACGUGGGGAGACCAAGGGUUCUUCAAUCACGGGGUGCUGACGUUUGGGAUUGGACAUGUCUUCUACAUGGUGGCGUUCGGACUGCACCCACUGAGGUUGGGCGUGGCCCUGGUGCUGCUCCUGCUGGGAGCUGCCCUGUACACCGUCAUCUACCAGUGCGUGGACGGACCCACCCUCUACGCCCUGGGGGGCUACAGCAUCACGCUGACGCUGAUGAGCUGGCGCGCCAUCGCCCGAGCCCGCUGCUCGGGGUACGAGCGGACCUGGGGGUCCCUGUGUACAGCGGCCGGGGCUGUGAUCUUCAUCGUCUCCGACUUCAUGCUGGCCGUGGACAGGUUCUGCGUCCCCCUGCCCCACGCCCGUCUCACCGUCAUGUCCACCUACUACCUGGCACAGAUGCUCAUCUCCCUCUCGGUCCUCGACCACACUGACCGGGACAGUCUGUGGAAGAUGCAUUAA